AUGACUGCUCCUCUCGAUGUCCAUGGUGUAUUCAUUGGCAUUGAUGGUUUUGAGAUAAGAAACACGUUAAUGAAGAUGCUCAAAGAGUUCCCAGGGGGUAUUGCCGGGCGUAGACUCCUGAGCUUUUUCGAGAGUAUUGAGCACGAGAACUGGAUGCUAAGAGCCAAACUGAGAUGGUUAAUGCGGGGCUCGGGGGAGGAGGAGGAGGAGGAGCGACAGACGAAUAUUUUAGUGACAAGAGUCUGGGAACGGGAUGAAGACCUCGGAAACGUGAAGGGAACUCAAACGGAAAAUGAGGAGGAAAAGCGGAACGUGUUUGACGUCUCUGUGGAGACCAACAGUGAAGAAGUUGAGGAAAUUUUAUAUGCGGAAAAAAGAAGAGUUGAGUUUCCUGGGAGAAUGAUCGACAGCGUAACGCAAACGGAAGAUAAUAAGAUGGAUGGUAACAUUUUGGAAGAAAAACUAGAGGGAAAGGGAAAGGAAAAAAACAAAAUUGAGCUGAUGAAAAAUGACAUGGAAAUUGAAGGAAUUAUGGUUGAGCUCGGGAGCGCCGAGAAAUUGGAAAAAAUUAACGCGGAAAUGACAAAAGAAUUGGAAAAAAAUCGGAAAAAAUUAGAAGAAGAAUUUACCACGUGGAGCUUUGCUACCUCCGACGAACUCACUUGGCACGAGUACGAGGUGGCAUUCGUCAUCGAGUGGCAUGUGGGACUCAAUAGACUCAUUUGUUGUGACGUCACGAAGGUGAUGAAGAAUGAGAAUUGUUCAUGUUAUGGUUUUUGUUGUGAUAAGAGAAUUAUACACGAAGUGUAG